AUGAGCUACAAAAAUAAUCAAUUGCUCAUUUUGCUUUUUCUUUUGUCCUUUGUGAUAAUUUUCGCAUCGGCUGAACAGCAGCAAAUAUUUUUGUGGAAUAGACCACUAUCAUCAACAUUCUCAAUCGUAAGUUUAGAACCAUCAUCUAUUCAAGCUCUCUACAAAAUCAUAACAAUCCAUUGGAACAUCACACAAACUCUCACCAAAUAUUUGAAUAUUAAAGCCGAAGCACAGCUUUCGCCUGACUUGGAUAUGUUUGACAUAGCAAAUAAUGUAUCCAUUUCCGACUACAAGUAUACUAGGAAUACCAGCACAACUAUUAGUCUGGGAAAAAAAUUAGUCACCGCAAAGUAUCAACGUUGUUGA